UACACCAAGAAAAUCAUCCAGCAGCGUGAGUUUUCCUGAUGUGUGGACUGAGCUGGAAGACGGUUGUUUUGUCGUAUCUCAGAUGAAUAUUUGAUCACUUAAAGAUGAGUUCAGUCCAGAAUCUGAGAGAGUUGAUCAACCAGCGACUAACUGCUGCUGCUGAAGAAAUAUUCACAGAGUUUGAGAAAACCAUCGUCCAGUACGAGGAGGAGAUCGAUCGUCAGCGCAGACUGCUGGAAAACAUCUGGAAACCACAGAUAACACAACACACAGCAGAACUCCCACAGCAACAGAUCUGUAAGGAGGAGGAGGUUCCCACUGAGCAGAAUGUCUGUAUCCAGGUGAGGAACUCCAGUGUGGACCAGGAGAACCCAGAGACUCUACAGAUUAAAGAGGAACAAGAGGAACUCCCCACCAAUCUGGACCAGGAGGACACAGAGCCUCCACAGAUGAGAGAAGAAGAGGAAGAACUCUGCAACAGUCUGGACAGACAGCAGUCUGGACAGACAGCAGCAGCAGACAUGAAUCAGAAGGCAGAUAGCUUUAUGCUAGUUCAGUGCAAAUCCAAAUGUGAAGAAUUAUCAAGAGAAAAAUUCAGUGUCUCUGAAGACACAAUUGGCCAUUAUGAGAAAGAGAUCAAUCGUCAGCGCAGACUAUUUAAUAUCACCCAGAAUCUCCAAAUAAAGUUACACAGAAUAGACCUUCAACAGCAACAUAUUUAUCAGGAGCAGGAGGUUUUCAUUGACCACCUACUCCGUGACCAAGAGAGGAACUUCUGUUUGGAUCAGAAGGAUCCAGAGCCUCUGCGGAUUAAAGAAGCACAGGAGAAACUCUGCAUCAGUCUGGACCAGGACGACCCAAAACUUCCACAGACUGAAGAGGAACAGAAGGAACUCUGCAGCAGUCAGGAGGGAGAGCAGCUUGAUGCCUUUAUGGGGAUUCCUGCUCAUGAAGAAAGUGAUCACAGUGAACCAGAAGCAACUAGUUACCAACUCCUCUUUCAGAACUCUUGUUUAGCUGAGAGUCCAGACCAGGAAGGAAGCAAGCAUCCAGACUCUGGUUCAACUAACAAUUUGGUGCUGAAGACACAAGACAGAAACAGCAGUCACAGUAACAAUGUUGACAGCUCUUCUAUGUCACGGAUUCACUGUGAUGCUGACACAAGGAAAAAGACUCAAACAUGUGAUGUCUGCGGAAAAUACUUUAAAUAUAAGUUCAGUUUCAAGAGACAUCACAGAAGCCACACAGGUGAGAGGCCAUUUGCUUGUGAAACAUGUGGGAGAAGUUUCAUUCUUCGUCACCAUGUGACUGCUCAUAUGAAAACACACACAGGCGAGAAGCUGUACCUUUGUAAAGUCUGUGGAAAAAACUUUUAUGAUCUUGCAGCAUUCAAAAUUCAUAGAGCAAUUCACAAAGAUCAGAAUCUGAAUUCUUGUAAAAUAUGUGAGAAAAGUUUCACUCAUCGUAGAAGGUUGAAAGAACACAUGAAGGUCCACAAGGGUGAGAGGCCGCAUUCUUGUAAAAUCUGUGACAGAAGUUUCACUCAUCCUGGUAAUUUGAAAGUCCACACGAUGGUCCACACGGGUGAGAGGCUGUAUUUUUGUAAAAUCUGUGAGAAACGUUUCAUUUGCCAUACUCAUUUGAAAGACCACAUGAAGGUCCACACGGGUGAGAAGCCGUAUUCUUGUAAAAUUUGUGGACAAAAUUUCAUUCAAAAUGGUAAUUUGAAAGUCCACAUGAGAAUCCACACAGGUGAGAAGCCGUAUUCUUGUAACACCUGUGAGAAAAGCUUCCGGUAUAAAAGGUCCCUUUUGAGUCACAUGAGAAUCCACACAGAUGAGAAACCCAACCUUUGUACCAUGGGGGAAAGAUUUAGUGACCCUUCAGCAUUUAGAAGUCAUGCAGCAGUCCAUACAGCUGAGAAACUGUAAUGUUUGUAACACGUGGAAACACAGAUGUGAAGACAUUUUCUUUAAAAUUCACAUUAGAAUCCACACAGAUGAGAGGCUGUAUUCCUGAAACGUGGGAACUAAGCUCUAAUCUGAGAGUUAGUACAGUUUAAAGGUUGAUGUUUGAUAUUUAAAGUUCUGAUGGUGAGUUCUAUAAUCAGCUGGUCACUGGAAACUGUCCCUGGUGCUCCACUACCAGCAGGGUGCAAAAAGACACAGAUGAGGGACAAGAAGCCACCUAUUCUUUAUUUUUUUUUUUUUUAUGUUGGGCUCCACAUGUCUGAGACAACUUGGAAAAUGAGUCACAUUUAAUGUAAAGCUGGAAAUAAUGAAACUGAUUUCAACACACAAGAAAUUCUGACCUGUAGGAAGAAGAGAUGUUUCCGAUUCUGCUGUUUCUGAGUCACCAGUGAAAGUGAUCAAACCUUUGAACAGGUUGAUAAGGUUAAAUUAUUAGGCGUUAUAAUAGAUAGUUGUCAUGGUCAGAACACAUUGACACAAUAUUUAAGAAAAUGGGUAGUGGCAUCUCUAUGGUGAGAAAAUGCCUUCCUUGUGUUACUGAACACAUUGGUAGUUAAAUCUUUAAUUUGAAGUCACCUGGACUAUUGCUCACCCGUUUGGUCCUCUGCAUCAAAAGAUCUGCUGAACAAACUACAGAUUCCCCAGAAUAGAGCCGCCAGAUUUGUUUUACAUUGCCCCAUCAGAGUCAACACAGAAAGUAAUCAUCGUAAACUCUCAUGGUUGAAAGUAGGAAAAAGGCUUUCUUUAAGUACAGUCACAUUCUUUAGCAAUACUGUUACUAUCAAAUUAUCAGAUGUAGUCAAAUUCAUCGUCAUUCCAUUAGAUUAGCAGAUAAUGGUCAAAUUACAUUACCAUGCCCAAAAUCCAAUGUUUUGAAAAAGGCAGUUAUCCAUCGUGCCAUCAAACUUUGGAAUAGCUGCCCCCUCUACAUACAACAAUCUCACAGUAAGGCCUCAUUCAAAUACCAUCUUAGAAGGCAUUACUUAACGGCUGAGCAAUAAUCCAAUAUGACAAGUAUAAUGUCCUAUUUCUUUUUCUGUUUGGUCCUGUUGAUUGAAUGAUUGCCCUGGAGACUAAUAUCAACUUGUUUAAAUGUAAUAAAAUGUAAGAUUACACAGCGCUAAUGUGCUGUUGUUAGUAUUACUGUAAACAUGAUGUCUACUUUGACUGAUGUGACCUGGAAAUAUGAUCUUUUGAUGUAAGGUUGUUUUCUAUUUUCAGACCCCAGGAAGACUAGCUGGUGCCAUUGGCAUCAGCUAAUGGUGAUCCUUUUAAAUAAAUAAAUAGCGCCAAUGACCAUCA